AAGAUUUGGCCACACUAACAUAUGUUGUUUAAAUUAAAUUUAAUUUGUUUAUAUUUAACUUUGAAAAAUGAGUUCUGGAAUACGAAAACACCUCCAAAAGAAAACAUCAUCUUUAUCUAAGGGAGUCACUAAAAUUGAUUCGCCAAUAGCAAAGUAUGACUCUUCAGGUAACUUGACAUGCAUAAUGUGCAAGAUUCCAAUUAAGCCGAGUGUUUGGAAGGUCCAUAUAAACUCAAAGCAACACAAACAGUCAGUGGAAUUGGCCAAGCAAAGGAGUACCACCCAAACUGAAGAGAAGAUAUUACCAAAAAAGGAAACAAUCAUUAAGAAUGUAUCUGCAGAUGCACCCACAAUCGCCAAGAAUGAUACUCCUCAAGAGAUACCGCGAUUGUCAAGUUCCAUUCCCGCAAAGGUUGCCAAUGUAGAGGAGACAGUUUCAUCUACAACCGAAACACUUCCUGACAAAUUUUUCGAUCCGGUGAAAUCGAGUAAAUCCGAAUCAUCUGAUCGUACUCAAGAUGAGGAAUGGAAUCGGUUUCAAAAGGAGAUUAGAGACGCAGCUACUGAAUCCAAUAUAAUCAUAGCAGAAGAACAGGAUGAUGUUAACAAUCAAAGACAUCUUAAAGAGAUUGAUGAGCAAAUCGACAAAUGGAAUAGGUUUAUACAAAUAAAUGAAAAAAAAAAUACUAUCCUUCACAGUCAGCGGAGAACGGUGAAGAAAGAACAACAAGUUUCUGAGUCUAGCUCAAGUGAGGAAGAGGAAAAUGCUGUAGAAGAUCUAUACGACUGGAGGAUUAAAAGCCUAAAUAAGUGAAAUACUUAUACGUAUGUUUAAGGUUAUAGACAGAAAAAUGAUUAAUCGUGAAUGUAUAUCUACAUAUGUAUGUGUAUCUAUCCAUGAACAGUAUAUGUGAAAACUUGUAGAAAUAAAACGUAAUAAAUAUUUAUGAAGAUUGCUUUUAAUAAGAUCCUUUAUAAAGAAUUUAUUACAAUCAAUAAAAUGUACGUACAUAAAA